CUCCUCCCUCUUCUUCUCUCUCUUGCUCUCCUUCCUCCUCCGCCUCCUCAGCUCUUGGGCUAGAAUAUCUAUGGGUCGAAACGUGAUGCGAUGAAUCCGAGAGAGACCGAAACUGGGACGAGGAGAGCGGCGGAAGCGGCGGGACUCCUGGGCAUGGGGGCUUCACCACAAUAGAGGCAGCAUCCUCACCCGCCCCCGCCAACCCCUCCGGAGCGAAGCCCCCAAAUCCCCUCGGGAAAAGGAUGGCGGCGGCACCUACUCAGAUCGAAGCCGAGCUGUAUUACCUGAUCGCUAGGUUCUUGCAGUCUGGACCCUGUAACAAAUCUGCUCAGGUGCUAGUGCAGGAGCUUGAGGAGCAUCAGCUGAUUCCGCGCCGCUUAGACUGGGAGGGGAAAGAGCACCGUAGAAGCUUCGAGGAUCUGGUGGCAGCCAAUGCACACAUUCCUCCAGACUACCUCCUUAAAAUCUGUGAGCGAAUUGGUCCCUUGCUAGACAAGGAGAUCCCUCAGAGUGUUCCUGGGGUACAGACAUUGCUAGGUGUUGGUCGGCAGUCUUUGUUACGGGAUGCCAAAGACUGUAAGAGUACACUAUGGAAAGGAUCUGCUUUCGCAGCUCUACAUAGAGGCAGACCUCCAGAACUACCUGUAAAUUAUGUGAAACCUCCAAAUGUGGUGAACAUCACCUCUGCUAGGCAGUUAACCGGAUGUAGUCGCUUCAGCCAUAUUUUCCCUUCAUCUGCCUACCAGCAUAUUAAGAUGCACAAGAGAAUUCUGGGGCACUUAUCUUCUGUCUACUGUGUAGCAUUUGACCGGAGUGGGAGAAGAAUUUUUACAGGAUCUGAUGACUGCUUGGUAAAAAUUUGGGCUACAGAUGAUGGGCGCCUCCUUGCUACACUUCGAGGGCACUCUGCUGAAAUUUCUGACAUGGCUGUCAACUAUGAAAAUACUCUCAUUGCCGCAGGCAGCUGUGAUAAGGUUGUAAGAGUAUGGUGUCUUCGAACUUGUGCACCAGUUGCAGUCCUUCAGGGACAUUCAGCUUCUAUUACUUCCAUACAGUUUUGUCCAUCAACUAAAGGCACAACCAGAUACCUCACUUCUACUGGUGCUGAUGGAACAAUCUGUUUCUGGCAAUGGCAUGUAAAAACCAUGAAGUUUAGAGAUCGCCCAGUAAAAUUUACUGAGAGAUCCAGACCUGGAGUUCAGAUAUCUUGUUCUUCCUUCAGUUCUGGUGGUAUGUUCAUCACAACAGGUAGCACUGACCAUGUGAUUAGAAUAUAUUAUUUGGGUUCUGAGAUCCCUGAGAAAAUUGCUGAAUUAGAAUCACAUACGGACAAAGUUGUUGCUGUUCAGUUCUGUAACAAUGGAGACAGUUUAAGAUUUGUUAGUGGAAGCAGAGAUGGAACAGCAAGAAUAUGGCAGUAUCAGCAACAAGAAUGGAAGAGUAUAGUGCUAGAUAUGGCUACUAAAAUGAAUGGGAAUAAUUUGCCAUCUGUAGAAGACAAAGUCUCUAAACUGAAGGUGACUAUGGUGGCCUGGGAUCGUUAUGACACCACAGUUAUUACAGCAGUGAACAAUUUCCUUUUGAAGGUGUGGAAUUCUGUCACAGGACAGCUUCUUCAUACUUUAUCUGGACAUGAUGAUGAAGUAUUUGUUUUAGAAGCACACCCAUUUGAUCAAAGGAUCAUACUUUCUGCGGGUCAUGAUGGGAACAUUUUCAUUUGGGAUCUUGACCGGGGGACCAAAAUUCGGAAUUAUUUUAAUAUGAUUGAAGGCCAAGGUCAUGGUGCGGUGUUUGAUUGUAAAUUUUCACCAGAUGGAAACCAUUUUGCCUGCACAGAUUCUCAUGGGCAUUUGCUCCUUUUUGGUUUUGGGUGUAGUAAAUACUAUGAAAAGAUUCCAGAUCAGAUGUUCUUCCACACGGAUUAUCGACCUCUUAUCCGUGAUGCCAAUAACUACGUAUUAGAUGAACAAACACAACAAGCCCCUCACCUCAUGCCUCCUCCUUUCUUGGUGGAUGUUGAUGGAAAUCCUCAUCCUACAAAAUUUCAACGGCUAGUACCAGGACGGGAAAAUUGCAAAGAUGAACAACUUAUACCACAACUGGGUUAUGUGGCUAAUGGUGAUGGAGAGGUGGUAGAACAGGUAAUUGGGCAGCAAACCAAUGACCAAGAUGAAAGCAUCCUUGAUGGGAUCAUCAGGGAGCUGCAGAGAGAACAAGAUCUAAGACUAAUUAAUGAAGGAGAUGUUCCACAUUUUCCAAUUAAUAGAUCCUACUCUGUUAAUGGUGCUUUGAGAAGUCCAAAUAUGGAUAUACCUUCUUCCCCAAAUAUUGGACUUCGACGUAGUGGUCAAAUUGAAGGUGUUCGGCAGAUGCACAAUAAUGCUCCUCGGAGCCAGAUGGCCACUGAACGAGAUCUGAUGGCGUGGAGCAGAAGAGUGGUGGUAAAUGAACUAAAUAGUGGGGUUAGUAGGGUACAGGAAGAAUGUCGAACUGCAAAAGGUGACAUAGAAGUCGGCCUUUAUACAGUAGAAAAGAAGAAAAAGCCAUCUUAUACUAUCCAAAGAAAUGAUUACCAGCCAAGUUGUGGGCGAUCUUUACGAAGGACACAACGCAAGCGUCAGCAUACUUAUCAAACACGGUCUAACAUAGAGCAUAAUUCACAAGCAUCAUGCCAAAAUUCAGGUGUACAGGAAGUUUCAGACAGCUCCUCAGAGGAAGAUGAAACUGUUGGUACCAGUGAUGCUUCUAUAGAGGAUCCUGUUAUGGAAUGGCAAAGUGAAAGUUCUUCCAGUGAUUCAUCAAGUGAAUAUUCUGAUUGGACAGCAGAUGCUGGAAUAAAUUUGCAGCCACCAAAAAGACAAACGAGACAGGCAACACGGAAAAUAUGCAGCAGUUCAGAGGAAGAAAAUAUGAAGUCAAUAGAAGAAAAGCAAAAGAAACCUAAACAGACCCGAAAGAAGAAAGGAGGUUUAGUUUCUAUGGCAGGGGAGCCCAAUGAAGAAUGGUUUGCCCCACAGUGGAUCUUGGAUACCAUACCACGUCGUUCUCCAUUUGUUCCACAGAUGGGAGAUGAGCUUAUUUAUUUUAGGCAAGGACAUGAAGCUUAUGUGAGGGCUGUAAGGAAAGCAAAAAUAUACAGUGUUAAUUUACAAAAGCAGCCAUGGAACAAAAUGGAUCUUAGGGAGCAAGAAUUUGUUAAGAUUGUAGGUAUCAAAUAUGAGGUUGGACCACCUACACUAUGCUGUUUGAAGCUUGCAUUUCUGGACCCCAUUUCUGGCAAAAUGACUGGAGAGUCUUUUUCCAUUAAAUAUCAUGAUAUGCCAGAUGUCAUUGAUUUCCUUGUACUACAUCAGUUUUAUAAUGAAGCCAAAGAAAGGAACUGGCAGAUUGGUGAUAGAUUCCGAAGUAUAAUAGAUGAUGCCUGGUGGUUUGGAACUGUGGAGAGUCAGCAGCCUUUUCAACCAGAGUAUCCUGAUAGUUCUUUCCAGUGUUACAGUGUUCACUGGGACAAUAAUGAGAGAGAAAAGAUGAGCCCCUGGGAUAUGGAACCAAUUCCAGAAGGAACUGCCUUUCCAGAUGAAGUUGGUGCUGGUGUUCCUGUGUCCCAGGAAGAACUUACUGCUUUGCUAUACAAACCCCAAGAAGGAGAGUGGGGGGCUCAUUCUAGAGAUGAGGAGUGUGAACGGGUUAUUCAGGGCAUCAACCAUCUUCUUUCCCUGGAUUUUGCCAGCCCUUUUGCUGUUCCAGUGGAUCUCAGUGCCUACCCCUUGUAUUGUACUGUAGUUGCAUAUCCAACUGACCUCAAUACCAUCAGACGGAGACUUGAAAAUCGCUUUUACAGGAGAAUAUCAGCAUUAAUGUGGGAGGUGCGCUAUAUUGAGCAUAAUGCUCGGACUUUCAAUGAGCCAGAUAGUCCUAUUGUUAAAGCAGCUAAAAUUGUAACAGAUGUCUUACUUCGAUUUAUUGGGGAUCAGAGCUGCACUGAUAUAUUAGAUACUUAUAAUAAAAUUAAAGCAGAAGAACUAAACAGUACUGAUGGAGAAGAGGAUACAGAAAUGGUUGAUUUAGAUUCAGAUGGUCCUGGCACAUCAUCUGGACGAAGGGUCAAAUACCGAGGCAGGAGACAAUCUUUAAAGUUAAAUCCUGAUGCUUGGAGAAAACAAUGCAAAGAACUAUUGAGCCUCAUUUAUGAACGUGAAGAUUCAGAGCCAUUUCGACAGCCAGCUGAUCCUCUUUCUUACCCAGGCCAUCAAGAACAAGAAGGAGAGUCCUCAGACUCGGUUGUAACAGAAAGACAAGACUCUUCUCUUUCUGAGGAUAAUCAUGAUGUUAUAGACACGCCUAUGGACUUCAGCACUGUGAAAGAAACUUUGGAAGCAGGAAACUAUGGUAGUCCUCUGGAAUUUUAUGAGGAUGUUCACCAAAUAUUUAGCAACUCCAAAGCUUAUACCUCCAAUAAAAAGUCAAGGAUCUACAGCAUGACACUGCGAUUAUCUGCCUUAUUUGAAAAUCAUAUUAAAAAUAUCAUCUCUGAAUAUAAGUCAGCAAUGCAGAGUCAGAAGAGGAGAAGGCCUCGGUACAGAAAACGUCUGAGAAGCAGCAGCAGUUCUUUAUCAAGUAGCAGAGCACCUAGUCCAAAAGGGAAACAGAAGCAAUUAAAGUUACAGCCUAAAACGGACCAGAAUACCUCAGUGUCUUAUGUCAGAACUAGUUCCCCUUUCUCAUCUCCUGUUUCAGAUACUGCUGAAGGACUUCCACUAUAUCUAAUUGAUGAUGAACUGGAUGGGCCAUUUUCUUCAUCAAGCUUAAGUGGAUAUGGCCGAAGUGGUAAUAGCCAUGACCCAGGGAAAGCCAAAUCAUUUCGGAAUAGAAUUGCACCAGUUAAACAAGAUCACUCCACUGAUGGACCUCUUACAAAUGGUGAUGGCAGAGAAACUUGGCCAGGAAUCAAGAGAAAACUACUUAGUGCAUCAGAAGAAGAUGAAAGCAUGGGAGGAGAAGAAAAAGCAAAAGAAACAAAAGAGAAAUCCCAUCUAUCCUCCUCAGAGAGUGGAGAGUUAGGAUCCAGUUUAAGUUCAGAAAGUACUUGUGGUUCUGAUUCAGACUCUGAAUCAACCUCCAGAACAGAUCAAGAUUAUGUAGACGGAGACCAUGACUAUAGCAAAUUCAUACAAACUAGACCUAAAAGAAAACUCAGAAAACAGUAUGCCAAUGGAAAAAGAAACUGGAAGAUGAGAGGCACAGGAGGAAGAGGCAGAUGGGGUAGAUGGGGCAGAUGGAGUAGAGGAGGCAGAGGGCGAGGAGGCAGAGGGCGAGGUGGUCGAGGAAGAGGUAGUAGUAGUAGUACUAGGGGGAGAGGGAGAGGGAGAGGAGGAAGAGGGACCUCUAGAGGAGCCACCAGAGCCAAACGAGCACGUAUCACAGAUGACGAAUUUGAUACAAUGUUUUCGGGACGUUUCAGUAGACUGCCUCGAAUUAAAACAAGAAACCAAGGCAGGAGGACUGUUUUAUAUAAUGAUGAUUCUGAUAAUGAUAAUUUUGUGUCCACUGAAGAUCCUCUGAAUCUUGGUACAUCCAGGUCAGGCAGAGUACGAAAAAUGACAGAAAAAGCCAGGGUUAGCCAUCUCAUGGGAUGGAAUUACUAACAAUAAAUGUAGAAUAAUUUAAAAAUUCAAUGGCCUUCUACUGCAGGGAAUUACCAGGAAAUCUUCAAAGCAAGUUGUGUGGGGACUUCUGCUUCCUUUCACAUUGGUGCUUUUUCCAUUAUGCCAGUAUAUAUUUGUUUCAAGACUUUUGAUCUCCACACUUCAUUUGUCCAAACAAGCCUUACUCAUUGGGCCUUAAAUUAAAAGAAAAAUCUGCCCACAUACACACACCCACAUACACACACACACACACACACACACACCAGACACACUACAGAUUUAACUACAUUAAAGGAGCAUUCCGCUUCUUAAGAGUAGCAUGACAUUUUUAUUGCAAUGGAAUAUCCCUCUUUUGCUUUUGUAUCACAGACGUAUAGCACCUUCUUACAGAGUUUUAUAUAGUUUGUUUUUGCCAUUUUGAUUCCUAUACCCAGUAAUAAUAACUUUUGCACAAUACACCAAUCCUAAAGGCAGCUAUUAAAUGUUUACAGUUUCUAUAUUGUAAGAAUGAUCUGGAUUAUUUUACGCUUCCCAGGCCAAACUUUCGCGAACUGUACUGAACUGAAGUAUAUAUUUAUACUGCAGUUUUUUGGGGGGUUGGGGGGAAUCUUGAUAUGCUUUUCAUUGAUUUGCUUAAUUCACGUUAAAGGUGAGAAAGGGUUGGUGCCUUGUAAAUAUGUAGCAAAUCAUUGUGGUGUGUCCUGAUGUGUGCAUUAACUUUAUUAAAAGAGAAUACUUGAGGUAUCAAUCUAGACAAGGUGCCAAAUGCAAAAGUUUCUUGCAUCCAUUUUCUUUUUUUUCUGUUAUAUUUUAUUGCAUUAGUAGAACUGUGUAGCUUAAAGAAUAACUUAAACAUUUGAAAAAAUCCUCAUGCACAAAGAAUAACUCUGAAUAGUAGCUAAGCUACCUCUAUUAACUACAACUACUGGAAAAUAGAUGCUGUUACUCAUGACUAAGGAGAAAUAGAACAAGCUUGGUAGGAGUGAAUACUCUUUUAAGUUAUAAGCUGAAAGGUUGUUAAUAAUCAUAUUGGCUCUCCAAUUAAUAACUCUAUUUCCUAAAUAUCAUAUACUCUACCAUAGGCUUCUUAGAACAUAUUUGUGUGAGUAGACUUGUGCUACUGCUUACAUUUCUGCUACCACUUACUUUUUUUAACCAGCUGUGAGUUACUAGUUUUCACUUGACUCUUAAAAUGUAACAAAACACCUAAUUUGAGUUGGAAUGCUUUGGCUAGCUAAUAUUUCGAAUCAACAAUAAUUUCUGCUUUUACCAUUCCAAAGGGUUCUUCUGUUUUAGUCUUUCAGCAAAGGACCUCAUUGACUGCUCACAGAUACUUUGAUUGAAUCAUUAUUUUAUUGAUAAAUCUUUAAAAUUUUUUAUGUUCUUGUUUACAGCAGUAGAGUGCACAUGAUUCCAUAAGUGAGCUUGAGCUCCAAGUUCAUUUUUACCCCUCAAAAUUGAGAUUGCAGAUUUGCUAGUUUGUUAGAUGCUUAAAAUUUUUGAAGUGAGGAUGAUAAUGAUCUUUCUUUUUGACAUCACAUUGUUGCACUUAGAUCAAAUUUAUGUGAGAAAACAGACUUCUUAAUGUAAACCUAAUUAUCCCAGGAUAUUUAUUGAGCUCAUGUGUUUGUCUCAUGCUUUCAGUCAUUUCAUGCAUCUGAAAAUCCUUAAGUACAGAGGAAGGAGUACACACAUAACUUUGCUUUUGGGGUUGGGUUGGGGGGUUACUCUUGGACUAACAUCUUUAAGCAAUUUUCACUUGCAGUAGAAAUGAUGUUCAGGCUUUAAGAAAGUAUUGUGAGUUGUUAAUGGCACUAACUGCUGUUACUAGAUAGUAGAACUAGAUCAACCUGAUAUUUUUUUGUUGUGGUCUUUUUUUUCUAAACCAAAACUGUUUCUAGUUAUUACUCAGCUGCCAUUUGUAUCCAUAAGUAUAGGUUCAAAACAUUUUUAUUUGAAAUUCUACAUUCGAUUUUUGCAAAAGUGUACUAUUUCAUUUAUUCAUCUCGGGCAUUUAAAUUGUGCCUAUAUUUUCCUGGAAUCAAUAACUCUUUGGCCUAACCGAAAGUGUCAUAGUUGCUUAAAUUCCUGACUAUACCCAAAUGUGUAUCAUGUAUAUCAUUAUAGUGUUGAAUUUUUUUUGUUGCCAUUCUUCUAUGAAGAGCUGACCUCUUGAACUAUAGAAGAAUUGCCAUUUGUUUGACUUUUAGCUAUCUGGAGCUUUAUUUAUAAUUUAUUUUGAAAAAAUACAAAUGCCACAUUUAUUCCAAAAUGUCAAGAUUUCCUAGGUUUAGGUGAUUAGAAUAAUAAGGCUGGAGACAUUUUUAAACAUAUUUUAUAUGUAGUGAAAUACUGUGAAAAUACUAGUGAACAGCAUUUUGCUGUAAUGUUGAUUUCAGUUCUUAGGAUUCAAAGAGUUAGUCACCAGGAUAUGUUAGAUGAGCAGUGAUCAUUUAUUAUUAAAAAACAGGUAAUUUUCUGUUUGCAUGCAAAUUAUUUUGGUAAGUGUGACAAUAAGUCUGGGAGAUAGUAUUUUUAUGUUUUUAUUUGGACAUCCCACCCCAAUUUAUACAUUGCAUUUUUUAAUUUAGUAAUACCACCUUCUGUGAAUGUGUUAUGAUUUGUAUCACAUUGAAUACUUUAUCAUUUUACCUUUUUAGGGCCCCUUAAACCUAAAUAAGAUCUGAGUUCAGCAAUAGCAAAGCAAUUAGGAAAUAAGCUAAGAAUUCUAAGAAAAACCACUGUUACAUUAGACCCAUGAGAGCAUACACAUAUAUAAGCCUAGUCCUAUGCUAGAUAUGAAUAGUCAGUAAGCUGUAAUAUUUAUCAUGAAUGCUAAUAAUGUUUAAAUUCCUAGCUUUAAGACCUUAGCAUAUGUAUAUAUUUAUAAAAACUGAAUCAUGGCUUUGCUGUAUGUAUCUCAUCCAGCAGUAGGACGCUCUCCCAAACAAUCAGUAACCUACUAGCCUAAUGACUAAAUUUGUUUUUGUACAUGUAUGUGUGUAGUUGUAUGUAUGUAGCUUUUAUUUCCAGUUUGACAUACCUUAUCUCAGACAUUAAAAAAGAGAAUAUUUUAUAUGGAGGACCCUGUCUACCAAUUCUUUGCUCUUAGCCUGUGUGUUUCCUAAUUCUUGAUCAUUUCAUUUCAUUAUGCCUUCCAGAUAACCACCCAGGUUUUAUCAUGUACCUGUGUCCUUCUGUUUUAAUUUGCCCUUUUGUUUAUUUUUCCCCUUUCCAUCCCAAGAAAUCAGGCUUGUUCUAGAAUUCUUAGGUACAGCACUUUGACCCAGAGGCAGAGAAGCUGGGUAAUAUAAUUUUCAUUCAGCACAAUUAUGUGCCCAUAUAUCUAACUCAACCUUCCAACAUUUUGAAGUACACUUAAAUGAUCUAUCUUUUGUUGUUUUUAUUUUAUUCAUGUAGAGAUUGUCAUCAGACUAACAGAGUGAUUGAAAGAUGUGAAUGCCACUUCUAACUUUUGAUAAAGCUUUUUUGAGCAUUUUUCAAAAUUUAUAUGUUUGUGGUAAUGACAAACACCUUAUUACUCACUUCCGUAUCUCGGGAAUCAUUUGUGCAUAUUUGCCAACUGGUAUUUCAAAGUUGGAAUUUUCACAUACACAAAAGAAGACUUAAAUCAUACGUAAUUUUCAUUAUAACUUGAUAUCCAGCCUAUUGAACAAGUAUAGUAAUAUUUUUAAUUCUGAAAUGAGUAGUGUAGUUCUCGGGGAAGGGAUUGGACUUUUGACCUCUACAAUCUAGUGUUUUGAAAGGUAACCCCAUCCCUAACAUUUUUGUGGUACAUGAGGCUUUAUUAAUAUUUUAUUGAAAAGAGAGUAUUCUGAGAUCACUUUUAAAGUUUGUUUUAAAAAUCAUUGGGACAAUGGUUUCAUGCUUUGCUUGCUUUUCAUCUUUUCUCAAAAUUUCCUUACUAAGGUUUGAUUACCAAUUUACAAAGUUUUGGUUAAAAUCCGAUAUAAAGUUAAAUUUUUUCAUGGUGCUGUAUUUUGUGAAAUAUUGAUAGCACUCAGGUUUCUUAAUAUUUAUUUCUUAUAUAGCCUUACCCUUGAUUUCUUUUUCAUCUUUCCUCUUCUGCUUCCUUUUAUCCUCACUUCUCUUUCUGUGAUGAAGACUGCACCUAACAUAGUACACUUCCAAAAAGACUGGAAAUUUCUGAUUCAUUGAUGGGAGAAGUAUAGUAGAAAGGCCCUGCAGUUUAGAGUUAAGGUGUGUUUGUUUAUUUAUAUGUAUUCCCAUUUGUUACUCUCAUACCUAUCUAGAAUAUGAGACUUCGACAUCUAAAAGCAUGAUAAGUAUUUUCUAAAAAAUAAAAAUAAAAACUAUUGAUACAUAUUGAAAUCGCCAUUGGUAAUUGACUUUUUAAAUUGCCUACAGAAAUACCUAGAAACCCAGUUGGGAAAUGUGUUUUUACGUAUGUCACCAAGUACACAGGCAGUACUACAAAUGUAUUUCUUUAAACAAUACUGUGGUGAUGGCAAUCAGUAAUUUAUUUCUUUGUCCUGUAACUUAUCAUCCUUGUCUUUUGUAAUCCUUUACACAGUAUUAACAAAACUGUAUCUUAUGUUUGUUCUUAGUAUCCACAAGUUUAAAUAUGGAAAAAUUCAGUUAAUAGUUGAUGUGAUGUUGUAUAUGGGCAAAAUGUCCAUUAAACUAAAAUUCAGUAAAAAACAAAAAAGGUGAACUAAAGUGGCUUGGUUUAUAAAAGAUGUUUUAUUUGGCAGUUGUCAGUUGUUAUAAGCAAUUACCUUCAAGAAAACUGGACUAAUUCGUUGCCAUUCUUUAUGGGAUGUUUACAAUAAAAUUCCAAGUUGUUUGGAAUCGAUUGCACUCUUGCUUUAUGCCUUAAGUCAUGUAUCUGAGAUAAAUGGAGCAGAAAGAAAUGUGGAAUUACCUUUCUCUUUUCCAGCUUCAGUGAUUGUAACAUGUAAUUCUUUAGACUUUUCAUUCUUGUUUCUUUGUCAUAGAACUUUUUUUGCUACCAUUUUUAAUCUGAAAAUAAUAGGGUGUUUCAUAUAAAAGAAAAUAUUUUUCUCUAGUUAAUGCAAGUUUUCAUUGGGUUACUUUUAAGUAAUAAAUAUGAUGUUGAUACUUCAAAUGUGGGCUGCUUGGUGCCUUCAAUAGCAGCCUGCAACUCACUAGUAGUCAGUUCUUGUAGAGCUUUUCAAAGUAGGUAGAUUAAUAAUAUAUUUAUGGUUUAUAAAUUUUAAGAGUUGAGCUAUGGAUGGAUCCCUGGAAUUUUUUAUUUGUGAUCAACUUGUUUACAAACUUGAACUAUAUUGUAAAAUGGUGCUUUCAUUCACUGUAAGUAUAGGACAGAGAAAUGAUAGGUGAAUUUUGAACCUGGAUAUGAAUGUCCUAACAGGAACAUUCAUCCCAGUUCUCAAACUCUAUAGUUACUUAGAAUUAUCCCAGUGGCAAGAAUUCCUACAGGUUAAACAUCAAUAAGCUGAGUAAAGACUGCAUCUUCUAAAUAUGCUAUUUUUUGUCUAGAAUUAGGCAAUAAGAUAUGUAGAAAUAGAUCACCUUUCCCUUUUAACAUGAGCUGCCAUUGGCUAUGAAACUAGCCAUGUUUCCUCAGAACACAGAUUGAGGUGGAGAUACUUGUUUAAUGUUUUUUGUUUAGUUGCUUGAUUUGUUAAAGACAGACCUCUUUAAAGAUGUAAAUAUAUUACUUAAAAAAUUAAUUGUUAGGCUGGUUUUCUUCACCCUCUAGGUUUUAAAAAAUAGAAAUACUAAAGAAUUUGUAUGAUAAUAUUUAGAAGGUCAUUUUUCCUAGUUGAGAAAAUCAAUAAAGACUGCUUUCUGCCCUCUCUAUUAGAUACCAUCAGCUACUUAAAGCUACUUUCCAAAAACUUUAUAAAAAUAAAUUGAAACCAA